AUGCAGGGCUUCAACAUGGGACGAUACGUCCCGCCAGACCAAGAAGGAGUGACAACGGGAAACAAACUUGCGGGGAAGCACGCACUCGGCGCGCGCGCGCGUCACCUACACACAACCGGCGCAUUAGUCGUGCGCUUCGAGAUGCCCUUCGCAGUAUGGUGCGACAACUGCAAACCGCACCCUAUAAUCAUCGGCCAAGGUGUGCGCUUCAAUGCAGAGAAGAAAAAAGUCGGCAACUACUACUCGACACCAAUUUACACUUUCCGCAUGAAACACACCGUCUGCGGCGGAACUAUCGAAAUAAAGACCGACCCUAAAAACACGGCGUACGUUGUUACCGAAGGCGGGCGCAAGCGGGAUACUGGCGAAGACAAAGAGCUGCAGCCCGGCGAAAUUGCCAUCAAACCGUACGCGCGAGAGAUGGACCCCGCGGAGAAGGAUCCGUUUUCGAAGAUUGAGGGGAAGAUCGAGGACAAGAAUCGUGCGAAGACAGAAGCGACUCGCAUUCUUGAGCUUCAGGAACGACAAAAUCGUGAUUGGGAGGAUCCGUAUGAGAAGUCUAUGCGGUUGAGGAGGACUUUCCGGCAAGAGAGGAAGGGCCUUGAGAAGGCCGCGGCGAAGACCGAGGCCCUCAAGGAUAAAAUGAGUCUUGGGAUUGAGUUGUUGGAUGAGACUGAGGGGGAUCGGCAGAGAGCGCGCAUGGUGGAGUUUGGUGAGAACCCGGCUGAUGUUGGCUCGCAUGCUGCCCGCGUGACUCGCAUUCGGCCUAUGUUCGAGCAGCCAGCGGAAAAGCCUGCACAAAAGAUGGGGCCGGGAGAGAAUAAGUCUCGCUCUUCGAAGCGGCCUAGGAAGGAUGAUCUGGUUGCGACACGGAAAGCUACUCUCCGCCGCGAGCUGGCUGGGAACACUCGUGCUAUCAUUGAUCCGUUCUUGGCCGAAGAUGCAAGUAAUCCGAAUGCAUGGCAACCUAGUAUCAAAAAGAGAAAAACCGUCGCUUCAACCGUCCCUUCAUCAACUUCGUCCAUCCGUGAAACUCCCAGCCGCACAGAAUUUGAUGCCUCUGCCGUGACACCAGCACCAGCGCUGGUCAGCUACGCUUCCGACUCGGAGUGA